AUGGCAGCUAUCACUCCUUCUCCAGACGUUAGUCCCGUAUCGUCAGCAACGACCAAUGGAGGUUUCCCCAGGGAUGCCUUCUCCCUCAAUCUCUCCACUUUGCCCGACGCCAACAGCUUUAUCCUCAAGUCUGCCCUGACCUCUCCCCAUCUUCUCGACUCCCCAAAUGAUCUGUUUUCAGGAGGCGGCCGUUUGAGUAAUUCCUUCAAGAAGCGGCCCCGCAAUAUGUCUCAAUCAUCCGGUACCGAUCGGGAAAUGUCAAAUGAGAACACUCCACCCGCCUCAAACGGUAUUGCGCCCACAAGCAAUGGGAACGACGGCUCCAACCCAGAGCCCCGACCAGCUACAAAGAAGCGCCCCAAACUGAAUGCCGAAUGCAUAUACCGUGAGCCAGGUAUCAAGCUUGACGCUGGCGACAAGCUGAUCCUGGAACACCUGAACCGCAUUGAAGGUCUUCUACAGUCUGGCUUCACCAGUAACUAUUCAUUGUCUUCGCAUUCCCCAGCUGCAAGCAACUCAACGAGCGAAGAUUUUCUCGCUCGCAGUGCCGGCCAUAUACCCCAUCUCGGUAUGGUUCAGCCGAUCAACGGCAUAGGAACAUGGACCAACCACCCCUCAAAUAUCUCCACCAUGCCAAAAACACACAACACGGCAGCCUUGAAUCUGCUAUCCUCACCCAUGAUCCGGGAACUGGUGUCUCGUCAAUAUGAUGCCAAGAUACUCCUUCAGCUAGAGAUGACCCGUGAAUCAGUAAGCCUCGGUACAACUCGCGGUCUAGACUUGUCCAACACUGGCGUGUACGUUCAAGCAUACUUUGAGAGAGUAAAUGUCUUCUACGCAGUCGUCAACCCAUAUACAUGGAGUGAUCACUACCAGACUGCACUCAGCCACGGAUUUCGAGAUGGGCCUGAAAGUUGCAUUGUUCUCCUAGUACUUGCGCUUGGUCAUGCUGCAAGCACCGGGAGUAUAACACAACAGAACCCGGACAAGGAUCCCCCCGGCUUGGCAUACUUCGCCGCAGCUUGGAGUCUGCUACCAACCGUCAUGACAAGGAAUAACAUGGUCGCCGCGCAGUGUCAGAUUCUUGCUGCAGCAUACCUGGUGUACCUUGUACGUCCUGUUGAAGCCUGGAAUGUGUUGUCGGGUGCGAGUAUGAAGCUACAACUUCUUCUGAGCGCACCUGGCCGAGUGUCGCCAGCUGAAGAAGAACUUGGCAGAAGAGUGUAUUGGAAUGCGGUCAUGAUCGAGAGCGAUCUUCUAGCGGAGCUAGAUCUUCCUCAUUCAGGCAUUGCGCAGUUUGAAGAGGGCUUUUCUUUGCCGACCGGCUUUGAAGAUUUAGGGACCGAAGCAGUUGGUCGGGACGAGUUAUGGUACUUCCUUGCCGAGAUCGCCCUUCGAAGGUUGCUCAAUCGGGUGAGUUCGAUGCUCUACAUCCGGACCACACCGUAUUCGAAAGGCCCGGCUGCCACCUCCAUUGCUCAACUAGACCCGCUCGUCGUGGAACUAGAUUUCCAAUUGAAUCAGUGGUAUGCCGGACUACCACCAGCCAUGCAGUUCCCGCUUGAUAGGGUACCGUUGCAGAACCCCGUGCAAACAGUUCUCAGACUACGCUACUUUGCAUGCCGCACAAUCAUCUUUCGACCAUACGUACUGCUCGUGCUGCAGGAUGAAAGCCUGGCAAUGGAUUCCGGUGUGCAGGACAAUUGCCACAAGUGUCUGGAAGCAUGUGUUCGCCAACUAGAGUACAUUACUGCGCACCACGCCGGACAUAUCCCCUAUCUGUUCCAGGGUGCGCUCUCUAUCAUCUCCCAGACCCUGCUCAUCAUGGGUGCAACCAUGACUCCUUCACUCUCCCAGCUACUUCCUCCACCAGCAACAAUGGACGACAUCAUAAACAAUGUGGUCCUUGAAAUGGAGCGCUACGCACAUCUCGCGCCUAGCCUUCGUCUCUCCGCUGAGAUCAUUCGUGAGGCCGAAGGAAAGCGACAAAUGUGGUUACGGACAGCAGGCCUCAAAUUCGAAGUAUGA